UACGAUGAUAGUAAUGAUAUCAACGAGCCUAAUCAAAUGAUGGCCGACGAUGGUCAACUUUUCGGUGGGAUGUCUGACUUCAGCUCGCCCAAGCAGGCGGUCCUUAACAUCACUGGCGGUCCGCUGUCAUAUCGAUACCAGGUUGCGCAAGUCCAACUGCACUUCGGCGACCAGGAUGACAAAGGCUCCGAGCACACCAUCAACGGAACGCGCUUCCCAGCAGAGGUCCAGAUCCUGGCUUUCAACUCUCAGCUCUUCAGGAACUCGAGCGACGCGGCGGCGCGAGCGCACGGCGUAGUCGUCGUGUCCGUCUUGGUGCAGGUUGGCACGGAGAACAUCAACCCUGAAUUGCGGAUUUUGACGGACGCGAUCGAGAAGAUCCGCUUUGCCGGAUCGUACACGUGGAUCAGCUCGCUGUCGGUGCAGGGGCUGUUGCCCCCCACCGACUUCUAUUUCACCUAUGAAGGUUCGCUGACACAGCCCCCCUGCCACGAGACCGUCACGUGGCUUGUUCUUAACAAGCCCAUCUAUGCUACGCCGGCACAGUUGAAAACGCUGCGGAAGCUGCAUCAAGGCACGGCGCGCUCACCCAAGGCUAAGAUGGUUAACAAUUUCCGACCGACGCAGCUGCUCUACCACCGACCCUUGAGAACCAAUAUAGACUUCACUGGCCCGAGAUCUAAGAGCGGAGCAAGAAAGAUUGCGGGGCAUAACUCCGGCCAGAGAGGAGAGUGUCCCGGCAUGACUCGUCAAAUGUAUUACACAGCACACAGCUGGCGGUAGAAAUCGAAGCUUGAGUGCAGCGUGUUAUGCAUUUAAUUAUAGUAUAUCCUCUUCUUCGUCUGGGUAAGUAAACAGAAAAGCCAAAAGCUUGUGGUUACUUUGAUAAUAAAGCAGAAAAAGUAUAAACACAUUUACUAAAAUCAAAAAUAUGAUCAGUUGGUAAUUAAGAAAUAUCUCAAUCAAAGCUUGGAUAUUCGCACUUAUUUGUAUUCAAAUUUAGAUAAAUACAAGAUGUAAUAUAUUUAAUAUCCCGUACAACUAAAUAUUAAUCAUUAAGGUAGAACACAAGUAAACCAGUUGUGAAAACAUUAAAUUGAGUAAAUCAAAGUUCAAUUCCUGACAUAGCAAGAGCAUGGUAUGGUAACGGUGAGAAAUAUUCUAUAUUGCUAAUUCCGACACUUUUCAUAGACACAGGUAUGUGAAUUUCACUCAUAGAGCGAUGUAGCAAGUAUGCCCAUAGUAGAAAUAUUGUAUGCCUUUAAUUCGUCUUUUAACGUAAGAUAUUUCAAGCAAUUGCUGAGUGUCCUGCAUUGUAUUAAAUUGAAUGUGAUUUCGAACAAAUUCCAAAUUUUCCAAAGUUGAAAUGUAAAAUAUAAAUAGCUACGAAUUACCGGGCUACAUUUAAGAUAUUCCGUGUUUGAACAUGUAAUUUUUACUCGAUUCUAUUUUAAAUCAAGUGAAGUAAAGGGAAACGUCUUACUCAGGACUCAAUUAAUUAGAAAUCAAAUUUAUUGGUCGAUACUGAAAUGUUUUAUUGA